CAGUCCAGACCCAACGUACAUCGUUAGAUUUCACCUACCUCAAGCACAGUCCCCUCGUCGAUAUUGGUCCACUACCGACAUCAUUUGCCGACGCCUUUUACCUGAACUCUGGGAACAACACUUAAGGCUAGUCCUGCAAGGCGGCAGCAUGGCAUCGCGCCCGGGAGCGUGGAGAAACAUCCUUCGGCGACAGCCAUCAUCGCCAAGAAAAACUUCCACCAUUUCACACAUUUCUCUGCCAUUGGAAAUUCCUCUCGAGGAAGAAACUCUACCUUACUAUGAACCUGAGCAUUACUACCCGGUCCAUAUUGGAGAGGUAUACGAGUCCCGGUAUCAAAUCACGGGAAAACUUGGUUAUGGCGCGUAUUCAACAAGUUGGCUAUGCCGAGAUCUCCAGAAUAAACAUUAUAGAGUAUUGAAGGUCUCCACAUCUCGCCAAGAUUUCCCACUGCAACAGAUCGAGAGCCGAAAAUUUACGGCCAUAUCGCGAAAAUUAAUUAUACCCAUCCGGGGCAGGCUCUGAUCCGCGAGUUUUAUGAUUCGUUCGAUCUCCAAGGACCUGAUGGUAGGCAUCGUUGUCUGGUGAUGCAGCCGAUGCAUAUGUCUCUUAUUGAGAUGAUGGGGCUGAACCCGCGGCCAUUUGAUCUACCACUCUUCAAAAUGACAGUCACACGCCUUUUAUUAGCCCUCGAUUUCUUGUAUUCUGAAGCCGGAUUAAUUCAUGCUGGUACUACGCAUCAGAUUUGUCUUAUACAUAGAUGUAAUGCUGACUGAACUAAACCUGAAAACUGAUAACGUAAUGCUCAGCAUCGAAGAUGAUGGCAUGUUGGCGGACUUCGUGAAAGCAGAAGUCGACAGCCCCACCCCCAGGAAGCAGAUUGAUGAGUCGCGCAUUAUCUAUAAGAGCCGAAAAUUUGGGCGACCUGAUAAAGCAAAAGGCUACGGGCUCCCAUCUCUGUGUGACCUUGGCGAAUCACGAAUAGGAGCGACGCAAGAGUCCAACCCGUUUGUGCAGCCUCAUAUUUAUCGAGCGCCGGAGGUUAUGUUUGACAUGCCCUGGGGAAGUGCUGCAGACAUUUGGAAUGUGGCUGGACUAAUUUGGGACUUGUUUGAAGUCGAGCACCUGUUUGGAGACGUAUUCGACGCGAGAGGCGGCCAUGAUCCGUUCAAGCAUUUUGCGCUUAUAGUCGCUUUGAUUGGAGAACCGCCGAGCGAAUUUGUCAAACGCAGUGAAACGACGGGGCAGUGUUUUGAUACUAAUGGUAAGAGUCCUGCCCCCACUUGAAGUUUGUUGGUCUAACCUGACGCAAACGUACGUAACUGGAUUGCCCAUGAAAAUGAAGUCAUACCAACGACCUCUUUAGAUAGUUUGGAGAGAAGACUCUCUGGACAAGAAAAAACGGCUAUUCAUUCAGUUUAUGGUGUCAAUGCUCAAGUGGAUGCCAGAAGAACGCAAGACUGCAGGGCAGCUACUUGAAGAUCCAUGGUUGCUGUAAUAUUUCGACCGAGUACUUCUAUGCCUAGCCAACUUGAGGGGA